GUUCCCUUUGUAAUCUCAUUGCAAAAUGCCUCGCAUGCCACUUAUUCUAAAACCACCAACGAAUCGGCUGUUACAGCACGUGCAACUAUUUGAUCCUUCUCUCUUGGGGAUUUUUUCACCCUUCAUCAAAUGCAGUGUUGUAUGUGGUCACUAAUGGCGUCCUUAAAAUCCCUACGAUUAUUUCUCUGCUUUUAUUUUCCUUCGCUUUCUAUUAGCUGAUUUAGUUGGGAAAUAACAUGGAGAAACCCCAACUUGGUUUUGGGGUUUCUUUCGCAAGUUAUUGUCUUGUUUUGGUGCUGUCAAUGGCAAUUUCGACUUUGUCUCAGAAUGAUGCAGCGGUGAUGAGCAUUCUUAAGAAGGCGAUCAAUGCCCCACCUAAUCUCAGAUGGACGGACAAUAUUAAUGUCUGCAAAUGGCAACGUGUGGGUUGCAACUCUGAGAAACGUGUCAUUUCCAUUCAGAUUGGGAACUUGAAUUUGCAAGGAUCGCUUCCGAAAGAACUCGAGAAUCUCUCAGAGCUGCAACGAUUUGAGUGCCCGCAGAACCGUCUCAUGGGUCCAAUUCCAUAUCUAUCCAAGACAUUGCAGAAACUAGUAGUUCACGAUAACAGUUUCAGCUCCAUCCCCAAUGAUUUUUUCAAGGGAAUGACAAUGUUACAAGAAGUAAGAAUUGGAAAUAACCCGUUUCUUCCAUGGUCUAUUCCGCAUAGUCUUAAGGAUUGUGUAGCACUCCAAACAUUCGCAGCCUCAAAUGCAAGUUUGUUUGGAACAAUCCCAGAAUUUGUAGGUACCAUGCCAGGUUUAGUUUCUUUACUCUUGAAUUCUAAUAGUCUUGAAGGUGGAUUGCCUGCGAGCUUUGUGAAUAGUUCAAUCGAGGAACUUUUAUUGAACACACAGAACAGUAAUUAUAAACUCAGUGGAACAAUUAAGGUAUUGCAGUACAUGACAUCCUUAAAACAAGUUUGGCUACAUGGUAAUUCAUUUACUGGUCCAAUACCAGACUUGUCAAACCAUGAUCAGUUGUCUGAUGUGAGUUUAAGGGACAAUCAAUUGGCUUGUGCUGUCCCAUCAUCUCUCAUGACUCUCCCAAGUUUACAGGUUGUGAAUUUGACCAACAACUUCCUUCAAGGUCCCACUCCAACAUUCAAAUCAGGUGUGGCUGUUGAUGUGUCUGGGAUUAACCAAUUUUGCACGAAUGUCCCAAAUCAGCCAUGUAGUCCCCUCGUGAAUGCUUUACUCUCUGUUGUUGAACCCUUGAGAUGUCCUGUGACAUUGGCUGAAAAUUGGAAGGGCAAUGAUCCCUGUAAUGGUAGUUGGACAGGAAUAGUGUGCUCUGAAGGUAACAUUUCAAUUAUCAAUUUUCAAAACAUGGGCUUGUCAGGCACUAUUUCUCCUAAUUUUGCCUCACUUACUUCUGUCACAAAAUUGCUCCUUGCUAAUAAUUCACUCACUGGUCCCAUACCAAACGAGCUCGCUACCAUGGACAAUCUACGAGAGCUAGAUGUUUCGAAUAACAAUUUAGAAGGUUAUGUACCAUCUUUUCGUAAAAAAGAUAUGGAUCUUAGAAUAAAUGGGAAUCCUAAUCUUAGAGAAUCUCUUAAAUCACCGAACUCAGAUUCUGGAGGUAAUGGUGGUGACCGUGAGAAUAGCAAACUCACUGCAUUCAUUGUUGGCAUUGUGGUUGGCCUAGCGAUUCUACUUGCUAUAGCAACUCUGGCGUUGCUUAGGUUUGUUAAAAAACAUAAUUAUCCAGGCAAGUUUGGAGGUCUACUAGCGAAGCUAAUACGUCCUCGUAAUUAUAGUGGAAUUGGAAAAGUCAUGAAGAUUAAUGCUGCUGGUGCUGAUGCUGCCAGUCAAGGUGAUGUCCAAGGUAUGGUGAUUCCAAUUCAAGUUCUAAAAGAAGUCACUAACAAUUUUAGUAAUGCAAACAUACUAGGAAAGGGUGGUUUUGGCACUGUGUACAAAGGUGAACUGCAUGAUGGAACAAAGAUUGCAGUGAAAAGAAUGGAAUCAGGAUUGUUGAUGGAGAAAGGGUUAAAUGGAUUCCAAGCUGAAAUUGCAGUACUUACACAAGCUCGGCACAAGCAUUUGGUGGCACUUAUGGGGUAUUGCUUGGAUGGAAACGAGAAGCUUCUUGUGUAUGAAUACAUGCCUCAGGGAGCUCUAAGUAAGCAUUUGUUUAGCUGGAAAGAGAAUGGAUUGGAACCUUUGGAUUGGACAAGAAGACUAAACAUUGCCUUGGAUGUUGCCAGAGGUGUUGAGUAUCUGCAUGCUUUGGCUCAACAUAGCUUUAUUCAUCGAGAUCUUAAGCCAUCCAACAUUCUUCUAGGAGAUGAUAUGCGAGCUAAAGUAUCAGACUUCGGAUUAGUCCGGCUUGCGCCUGAAGGAAGAAAUUCAGUUGAAACUAGGCUUGCUGGAACUUUCGGAUAUCUUGCACCUGAGUAUGCAGCAACUGGGAGAGUAACUACAAAAGUUGAUGUGUACAGUUUCGGAGUAGUUCUUAUGGAGAUGAUAACGGGAAGGAGAGUGCUUGACGAUAGCUUACCAGAGGAAGACUUCCACCUGGUUAUGUGGUUCAGACGAAUGAUGCAGAACAAUGACUCGUUUAGAAAGGUUAUUGAUCCAAUCAUUGAUGCUGACGAUGAAGCGACCAUGUCAAGCAUUAGGACUGUGUCAGAGUUGGCUGGCCGUUGCUGUGCAAGUGAGCCUCAUCAACGUCCUGACAUGGGCUAUGUAGUGAACAUACUAUCGCCUCUUGUUCGGGCAGCAUGGAAGCCCAUUGAGUCAAGUUCAGAUGAUGAUCAUAGCAAGUAUGGCAUUGAUCUUGAUAUGACUUUGCCUCAAGCACUGAGUAAGUGGCAGUCUUUGGAAGGAAAGAGCAGUACAAUGGUGGAUGGAUCUUGUUCUCAAUCAUUUGUCACAAAAUAAUGGUACCAAUUCACUAUUAGAGAGAGCUUGAUUGGAAUUAUAUUCUUUCUAGUGACUGUGCAGUCCAACAAGGAAGGAAUAGAGAGAAUAAUUGGCCUCACAUGAUAUUGAGUCAGAUGAGGUGUCUACUGCACUCUCCCCUGCCGCCCUAAUGCCCAAAGUCUCAAACCUUUAUUAGGGGGGAAUUAGGUGAAAUUUCUGAUCUGUUCAUUAGCUAAAAUGAAAAGCUGAGAUUUCGGACGCAGUAAAAAAGUAGACACUCCAAAUACAGGUUGAGUCUACACCGUGCCACAACAAAUUAAAGGACGUGGAUUUGAGGAUUUCAACCAGCACGUGCAAUUGCUAUCAGAUCGUCAAGUUCAUUUUUGUAACUUUGGAAGAAAGAAGGAAAAUAAUGGAUGGCUGGGAAGAGAAACGGUAUAUAUGUUCUGUAAGUGCGUAUAAAUACACUUUUGUAUUACACUCUCUCAAAGAGGAAUUUGCAGGAUAUACAAGGUGGUUUUACGCUUAUAUUGAUUUUUGACAUUAUCAACUACGUUUUCACAUGGACGAUCAAAUUACUUACAUGGAAACUUACAUUAGCUCUGGUGCAGGGUAUGUAUGGAUUUUAUCAAGGACCAAUGUUUUAAAGAUGUUAAAAGUUUGGCAUAUCUACUGAUUCGAAAUACAUGUAUUAGAUUUAGAUAGUCAUAUGGUUUCAGAUACUUCUAGUUUU